AUGGCGAAUUCAGGAGCAUCCCGUGUUCAUAGUUUUGCUUCGAUAUUGGAAUAUGCUAUCAAAAGUAUGGGAGGAGAUUUGGGGGCAUUGCCUCGGCGUGGUUUUGCUUUGGCAGUGGAGGAUGCGUGGAAUAGUAUGGGAGGAGAUUUAGGAGCAUUACCUGUGCAUGCUUUUGCCUCGAUAGUGGAGAAUGCUAUCAGUAGCAUCAGUGGAGAUUUGGGAAUAUCCCAUUCCCCUGUGCAUAGUUUUGCUUCAAUAGUGGAGAAUGCUAUCAGUAGCAUUAGCGGAGAUUUGGGAACAUCCCGUUCCCCUAAUCAUGGUUUUGCUUCGACAGUGGAGAAUGCUAUCAAUAGCAUUACUGGUGAUUUAGGAACAUCCCACUCCCCUGUGCAUGAUUUUGCUUCGAUACUGGAGAAUGCUAUCAGUAGCAUUACUGGAGAUUCGGGAAUAUCUCACUCCCCUGUGCAUGGUUUUGCUCCGACAGUGGAGAAUGCUAUCCGUAGCAUUGCUGGAGAUUCGGAAAUAUCCCAUUCCCCUGUGCAUGGUUUUCAAGUAUUCACCUUAGUUGAGCUUGCAGCAGCCACCAACAACUUCUCAGUUGACAACAUGAUCGGUGGUGGAAGCUUCAGUGUUGUGUACAGAGGCAAACUCGUUGAUGGUAGUGAGGUUGCAAUCGAAAGGGACGAAAUGUGGUCUUGUAGAACGCAUAUGCAGUCUUUCUUGUCCGUCUGGUGGAGAACGUCUGAUUUGACCUUCUUGUCCGGUUUACGCCCCAAGAACAUGGUCGGGCUGGUUGGGUUGUGUGAAGAGAAAGAUGAGAGGCUCUUGGUGUAUGAGUUCACAAAGAAUGGGUCGUUAUAUAAUCAUUUGCAUUGCAAUGGUAGCAAUGCGUUGAAUUCGUGGAAAAUGAGGAUCAAAAUUGCUUUGGAUGCUUCCCGAGGAAUAGAAUAUCUUCAUAAGUAUGGAGUUCCAUCUACUAUUCACGGAGACAUCAGGUCUUCCAAAAUUCUUCUUGAUGCUGAUUGGACGGCAAAGGUAUGUAACUUUGGAAAGGCAGCAGGAACCAUUGGAUACAUUGAUCCUGAGUACUUAACUCGUCAUGUAUUAACAGAAAAGAGUGAUGUGUAUGGGUUUGGAGUUGUACUGCUUGAACUUUUAACAGGAAAGAGACCUAUAUGUGGGGAAGAUGGAGGCACCCGAUCGCAUGUGAUAACCUUUGCAGAGCCUGCUAUUUUGGCUGGGGAUUUUGUGAAAAUUUUGGAUCCCAGGGUUGGAAAACCCCGUGUCAAUGAAGCAAAGGCAGUGCAGUUGAUGGCCUAUACUGCCAUCAGUUGCGUAAAUGUGAAAGGAUUUAGACCAACCAUUGCUGACGUUGUGGUCAAUUUGGAGAGGGCUUUUGGUUAUUUCUGGUAG